AUGGACUCCUCAACCACCAAGAGGAUCGGCCCCGCGUCUCUCCAGGCAAUGUGUCUCAAAGCAGCCAUGAGAAACGUGCGGCACGUCUGGGACUUUGGCAAUCUUCCCAUCGAGCUGAUCCGCCCGAUACUGGCCAAGGUCUCCAACGCUGAGCAACUGCAUCACCUCGAGAUGAGUUCGCCCGAGAUCGCAGACGAGACUGCGGCAAUCUGGCACGAGCUUCUCAAGAAGAAGUUCAUGUUCCUCUACCAGCAGGAGGAACCCACACCAGGCCUCAACUAUUACGAAGUGUAUCGGAGCCUCGACACGAUCCACAAGAAGCGGGACGCCGAGGCCACGGCCGAACUCAAGGCAAGGUUCUCCGCUCACGAGAAGGAGAAGGACGACAAGACCGUUUCCAUCGUCAGCCAGGCCAACCUCCCCCGACUGCCAGGCCGUCGUCGCCGUGGCUUUGGCUUUGGCACCACUGGCAGCAGCGCGCCUGCCAAGACGGGCGGAGGCCGCAUCAUGCAGCAGGUUCGCCAGGAGGUUCGCAACUACCAGAAGACGACCAAGCUCGUCACGGCGACCGGCUCACUGCCCGUCAAGGCCGGCCAGAUCAAGGAGGCGCCCAAGGCCAUGAUCAACGACCAGCGCAUCGCCCAGAACCCAGCCAUCAAGAUCCAGGCCCCGAAGCCUAAGAAGCCUCGGACCGAGCGGGACGAGAAGGAAUCCCGGCUCUUGGCAAUCAAGAACAAGACAGCCCGCAAGUCCUCCGAGCCUGCUGAGAAGCCUUAUGACGGCCUAGAGGACCUGUUUGGCGAGCCGGAGGAGCUCGCUCGCUCCAAGAAGAGGAGCCGCGACGACCUGGACGACCUUGCGGAGCGCAUCGUCAGCUACGGAGCGAAGCGCGCCCGGGUCGAGCUGACCCCCGAAGACCUCGAUCAGCCCCCGCCGAAGCCGAAGAAGGGCCUUACUAGGGCUCCCAGGCCGAGGCUGUCUCCGGACCGAUCCCCAGCCGCCAAGAAGUCGACCGGCCUGCUCUCCAACAAGCACGGCGCAACUCCCCAGCCCGCUCUGCGCCGAAGCUCGGCAGCCACAGGAAGCGGCAGCACCACCUCGACCACUGCAGCACCGCCGAAGCAGAGUGCUGACACAUCGACCGCCCGGAAGCCUGCGGCGGCAUCACCGUCAGGUUCGCCGACCAGGUCCCCGCCUCCGGGUCUGAGGGCGGCUGCGGCAGGCACUCCGCGGAAGAAGAAGCCUGUGGACAUCUUCAUGCGGCCGAAGAAGAAGGUUGUGCGAUAA